AUGUCUGAGGAGACAAAGAAGAUGGAACCAUCCCGCAGAAAUAUUUUUUGGUCAUCAAUGAUCUCUGGAGCUGCCGCUGGACUAGCUUAUGACGUAAUAUUUUUCCCGAUGGAAACAGUCAAAACGCGGUUGCAGAGCAAACAAGGGUUCAUAAACUCUGGAGGGUUUAAGAAACUUUACCGCGGUCUCGGACCAGCGAUCGCUGGAUCCGCUCCUUCAGCUUCGUUAUUUUUCGCGACUUACGACGGAUUCAAGGAAAUCGUUCAACCGUAUGUUGAACCAAAGAAUUAUCCGUUUGUUCAUAUGGGAGGAGCUUGCGCUGCCGAAUUGAUGGCCUGCCUUGUUAAAGUACCUGUUGAAGUAUUGAAGCAACGUCGGCAAGCACUUUUAACUGACGCUUAUCCGGCAAUUCUCGGUAUAAGAACUCUGUAUCGCGGGUAUGGUAUUACUCUGCUCCGUGAUCUACCAUUUGGGAUAUUUCAAAUGCCUUUAUGGGAUUUUCUUAAAUUAUCGUGGAAAAAUAAAAUGCAGCGGGAUUGCACGCCACUAGAAGGAGCCAUUGCAGGCGCAUUUGCCGGCUCCACUUCAGCAGCAUUAACAACACCGUUUGACGUCAUAAAAACAAGAAUAAUGCUGAGUCACAUUUCGCAGAAAAGAGUUAAAAUUUCAGACACCAUGAGAGAGGUUUACACAGAGAAAGGAAUCAGAGGACUAUUCACCGGCAUUUCAUUGAGGACUUUUGGGUUUGGUCUCAGUAGCCUAAUAUUUUUCGGAGUUUACGAACAAACAAAGUAUUUAUGCUCGAUAUAUUUGUUCCGUGAAUCACCGAGGUUGUGA